AGACUCCAGACGAUGUCUUAUCAACAGCAGCAGUGCAAGCAGCCCUGCCAGCCACCUCCUGUGUGCCCACCACCAAAGUGUCCUGAGCCAUGCCCACCCCCAAAAUGCCCUGAGCCAUGCCCACCGCCAAAGUGCCCCGAGCCAUGUCCACCUCAGCCAAGCCAGCAGAAAUGCCCUCCUGUGCCACCUCCUCAACCCUGCCAGCAGAAGUGUCCACCCAAGAGCAAGUAACAGCUUCUGGAUUCAUCAGGAUCAGGAAAGGAUAAGGUCAAUUGGCUCACCUAGUUCCCCAGC